CCUCGACCAUCUCGCCGCGGCAGGAAGGUGAUAAGACUGCAGUACUUUGCGACCGCUGUAUUAAUGAUGAAUGUCUCUGCUGAAGACCUUGCUGAAGCGAUCCGUGAGGAGCUGCCCGGUACAGAGGAGAUUAUCGUCCAGUACCUUUCAGGCUACCUGCUGGACUUGGACGAUGCGGCAGAAGACGAGGAUGUCCUCGAUGUUACCCACACUAUCCUCGAAUCCGCGACCCCCUCGUCCUCGAAGUUGAACCGAGAUGCCCAGCUCGAUAAGCUAAUGAAAAGGCUCAGCCAGAUGCUCGAGGAGCCGCUCAAUAGACGGGCAGAGAAGAAUCGAGCGGGCACGGCCAGUGGUCUGGUCAGGCUGGACAAGGUUGUGGAUUUGAGCAAGGCGGCUAUGAGCAACACUAUUGCGUUUGGUGAAGGUGUUGAUUUGGAGAGCAUAAACAAGGGAAAGGCUUCUCGGGUAGACAUGAAGAAGCUGGAGAAACAGGAAGCCAAGCUGAAGGCCAAAAUCGAGAAACGUGCCCGCCGCGGCGUCGAGCUCUAUGAGGGCUCUAAGCUCCUAGAUCAGCACAAGAAACAGCAAACGUACGAAGAGAUGUUCAUGAAGAUUAACCCUCUGGAAGCCUCCGCUGCAGCCAAGAAUAAGUCAAAGGACAUCCACCUACCGUCUAUCGACGUCAGCUUUGGCUCCAACCGCAUUUUGUCCGGUGCUUCGCUUACACUUGCACACGGUCGUCGGUACGGUAUCAUUGGUCGUAACGGUGUCGGAAAGUCCACAUUGCUUCGCCAUAUCUCUAUGCGUGAGGUACCCAUUCCAUCUCACAUCACCAUCCUGUUCGUCGAGCAAGAAAUUAUUGGCGACGACACUACUGCUCUUGAUUCGGUCCUCAAAGCCGAUGUUUGGCGAGAUACUCUGCUUCGAGAGGAAGCCUCUCUCAACGCGACGCUGCAAGAGCUCGAGAAUGAGGGCGACGACAAGCGGUUUGAGGACGCCAGAGAAGAGGCGCAGACGCGGCUCGCUGAGGUCCACGCCCGCCUUGCCGAGAUGGAGGCUGAGAGUGGACCUGCUAGGGCUGCUGCACUGCUAGCCGGUCUCGGAUUCAGCGAGGAGGAUCAAUCGAGACCGACAAAGUUGUUCAGCGGUGGUUGGCGUAUGCGUCUCGCUCUGGCUCGUGCGCUGUUCGUUAAGCCGUCACUCUUGCUACUCGAUGAGCCUUCUAACCACAUCGAUCUCAACGCAUUGGCAUGGCUAGAGGACUACCUCCAGACAUGGUCGGGUACUCUGUUGGUCGUCUCUCACGAUCGUGCAUUUCUUGAUGCGGUCGCGACGGACAUCAUCCACAUGCACUCCGGCCGUCUCGACUACUACAAAGGAAACUUCACACAAUUCUACUCUACCAAGACUGAGCGUGAUAGGAACCUCAAGAAAGAGUACGAGACACAGAUGGAGUACAGGAAGCACUUACAAGCAUUCAUCGACCGGUGGCGCUACAAUGCGAAUCGCGCUGCUCAGGCACAGUCGAAAAUUAAAAUUCUUGAAAAGCUUCCGGAGCUCACGCCACCUGAAGCUGACGAGACGGAAACCUUCAAAUUCCCCGAGACAGAGAAGAUUUCGCCUCCGCUUUUGCAGCUGAACGAGGUCACUUUCGGCUACACGCCCGAGAAAGUUUUACUCAAGGGUGUCAACAUCGAUGUUGGCCUCGACUCGAGGAUGGCCAUGGUCGGCCCCAAUGGUGCUGGAAAGUCCACGUUGAUCAAACUCCUCAUGGGCGAGCUGAAACCCAUGUCAGGUCACGUCACACAAAAUGGUCGUCUCAGAAUUGGCUACUUCGCGCAACAUCACGUGGACAGUCUCAUUCCUACGAUGAGCCCAGUGCAGUUUCUUGCGCAUAAGUUUCCUGGUAAGACCGAACAGGAGUAUCGGUCACACCUCGGUAAUUUCCAAAUCAGCGGAAUGACCGGCUUGCAGUCUAUCGCCACGCUCUCUGGAGGUCAGAAAUCGCGUGUGGCGUUCGCCGUCCUGUCUCUACAGAGGCCCCACAUCCUGUUACUCGAUGAGCCCACUAACCACUUAGAUAUCGAAGGUCUUGACGCCCUCAUGACGGCUCUCAGCAGCUGGAACGGAGGUGUCAUCGUCAUCUCGCACGACGAACGCUUCAUUACGACCGUUGCGAAAGAGCUUUGGGUAUGUGCCGAUGGCACUGUGGGCAGGUUCAUAGGGGACGUCCAGGCAUACAAGAGCCUCAUCGUGAGCAACGUCAAAGCUAAGCCUUAGAGCUGUUGAUGCGCAUGCUUUUCUGCGUUCUACCCGUGGAUCAUGUACACUUAUGCUGCAAUAGCUGUGAGGAAAAUUACCCCAAG